AAAAGGGCAACAGUCUGCCAUGUUAAAUCGUUUAUUAGGGAAGGGCAGCUAUGAAUCUUUUGAUAUGAGAUGCAUGGUAACUGGCCAAUUUUCUGUUGGGAAGUCGACUCUUGUUAAGCUGUUAGCUGGAGAAAUUAUACCUGAUGGUCGACACCCGACAGAUGGGAUUUCUCUGGUAGAAGGUCGCUGUGGCCUAGAUAUUCUUACUAAAGAGUGGAUUCUUGUUGAUCCAGACUCUUAUAAUGCCCUGGAUGUUGUGUACCAUAAGGUUUUAAUGACCUCUCUGGAAGAAGAGGAGGAGAGUGAACUAACCAAAAAGUUCAUCAAAGCUGCAGAUACAAGCCCAACUGGUUAUGCCAAAGCUACACUUUCCUCUUUGCCCUCAGAAGAGUCUGCAGCAGCACAAUGUCCACCAUCUAUGAAAUCCUCCAAUGUGCCUCACACGGUAAAACAGAUGGAAAAGAAAAUGAAAACAAGAAUGACUAAAGAAGAAAUUAGAAAGAAAAUGGAAAAGGUCCUCAAAAGUGGGAAGUAUAAAAUGAAAGUUGGACGUCUUAUCUUCUGGGAUUUUGGUGGACAAUACGUUUAUUUAACAACACACCAGACCUUCAUGACGUUCCGGGCAUUGUUUCUUGUAGUAUUUGAUGGGAGCAAAGAAUUGCAUGAACAGGUCCCUGAUGUGAUGUGUUUUCCAGGGCAGCACAUGACGCCAACGCCAGCAGUAUUCUUGCAAUAUUGGGUCAAUUCCAUCCUGACCUAUUGUAAGGUUGUAUAUGCAGGCAUUCCAAAGAUCUUGUUUGUUGCCACUCACAAAGACAAAGUACCAUUGGAGAAUAUUGCGACCAGACGUGAAGAGCUUUACAGAGGAAUUGAGGAAUUGUUUAAAGACCACGAGGGAAAACAUCAUCUGGUCCUUAGACCUCUAAUAUUUGUCAAUGCCAAAGAUCAAGCCGACCCAGAAAUAGAAGUUCUAAAGAAAACAAUUACAGAACUUACAUUCGACCACCCAUGCUGGGGUGAAAGAAUGCCCAAUGCUUGUGUGCCACUAGAGCUAGAGAUCGCUGAACUAGUGGCAGAAGGAAAGCAAAUAAUGUCAUUGGCUGAAGUUAAAGAAUUAAAUGCUAUCAGCGAGGUGUCUGUCCUGUCCCCUGAGCAGUUGACUGAUUUCCUACAUUUUCAUCAUUCUCUGGGGAAGAUUGUUUAUUUCGAUACACCCCAACUGAGAGAUAAUGUAAUGAUCAACCCCCUUCUUAUGGUGGAAGUUAUGAGAUCUUUUAUCACAGAUGUUGCAUUUUGGCCUAAAGAAAAUAAAACAAGAAAAACCUUCACAAAAAUGUCUGCAAAUGGAAUGAUACAAAAAGAAGACCUCUACCAGAUUUGGGAACAACAAGAAUUCCGUCAGAUUUUACCAUUUAAAGAGUACAUAUUUGAUAUGCUGAUACAUCUAGAUAUCGUAUCCGAACAACGGAGAUAUGAUACAACAGGGAGUCGUCUACCAAUAGAAAACUUCUUUGUACCCUGUAUGCUUACACAAAGAAAUAAUACAGAUUACUUGACACAAGAAUGUAAACCAGAGAGGACUGUUAGUUUGGCCUUUGUUUUCAAAGGAACCAUCAUACCUCCAGCCUUACCAAACCGUCUAAUAUGUGCAUGUCUGAGUAUGUGGACAUUAAAAGAAUACCAAGGACGGAAACUUAUGUUUUCCGGGUUUGUGGGGUUAUCGUUUGAUAAAGAGCAUGAUAUUGUUGUCUGUGUAGAAGGAAAUAAGAUCUUACUGUACCUAGUCCACAAGCGCUCCAAGGGCCUGAUAAUACCUGAUAUAGCCACCAGUGUCCGGGAUUGUUUGUUUGUUACUUUAGAAAGAAUCUCCGAAUUUUAUCAGUCCUCCAUUGAUUGUAAAGCCAGCAGCAAGUUACCUUUCCUCACCGAGUACUCCUGCUCGACAUUAAACUGUUUCACUUCAGAAAACAAGUUGGUCUCCGAGACUGAGGAAUGUCUUUGUAAACACGGAGAAAACAUUAAAAAUAACUGGCGUAUUUGGAAUAAGAAAAAGGAGCAAAAGCAGUGUGAUGCUAAUUGUCCAGGUUUGAGUGAAGAUGCGUUAUCUCAGAUCCCAAGUAACACAGAGUUGCUUCGUCUGUCUGUUAAUUGUGAGACACGCAUGCUACACGAUUUGGCUCUCCAUCUUGGAAUGGAAGAAAUGGUAUGGAGUGAUAUGGUAGAGAAUUACCCAACAAAUACACAGAUGGUAAAAUUUUUGACACUGAUGCAUUUGAAAGAUAAUGAUGAAAUUACAUUCACAGAAUUGGAAAAUGGAUUGAGAGAAAUGGAAAUACCAUCACAUACAUUAUGUGUGGUACGUCAGAGAAAACAAGUGAAAUCUAGUAUUCCUGAUGAUAUUCUAGACUGCAUUCCAUCAGAUGAAAUUGUAGACAGAUUAGCACCGCUGAUAGGCAAGAUAGUUCUUCAACUAGGAAUAGAACUUGGACUGUCUGUAGAAGAGAUAGAGAGCAUCAAAGAGAAAUGUGAUCGUGAUUUGACAGCACAGAAUAAGGAAGUGUUAUUUACAUGGAGGAAAGAUAGAACAGUGAAACCUACAAUACGGGUACUUGAGCAAGCUUUUGUAAAUAUUGGUAAAGGAGCCAGGUGUUUAAAGGAGGUUUUAAAGGACGUUGAUCCCAAUACACUUAAAGCAGUAGAAAUUGUAACAGAUAGAAUCAGGGAAAACGAAAACAGAAUUAUACAAGAUAUACAAAUCAGCCAAAUUUUAGACCAUAUGAUGACACAUCUGGUGAUAUCAGCAGACGACAGACUUGGUAUUGAACAUUAUCCUCGACAUGAUGACCAGAACAAAGCAUUGCUGGAUAUUGUGAUUAAAAGGAGAGAACCUGCUUACAGUGUGUUUGUUGAUGGAUUACGUAAUUAUGGAUACGAAAAUAUCGCUAAUGAUUUAAUAUAUCAUUCACAGGAAACUAGUCCAAGUCCGACAUUAGUAUCUGCUGAAAAUGAAGGCCUUUCAGUUUGUAAUGUUCCAUUGUAUAAAGUUCGUCUACAAAAGAAUUACCUCAAGGUCAUCACUGAUAUACAACACGAGAACAUAGUAGAUCAUCUAAUAUCAAAAGAGGUAGUGUCAGUUGAUGAUGGGAAGAAGAUAGAAUCUGGUAAAACCCAACAGGAAAAGAACAGGAAUUUGAUGGACAUUCUUUUGCGAAAAAGUGAACAGGGAUUUAAUGAAUUUCUCAAAGCCCUAAAGAAAGACUCUAUUUAUGCAGAUCUAGCAGAUCAAAUAGAAAAGACAGAAAUUACUAGCACAGAUAUGGCAACCUUUCAUCAAUGCUUGAAAUAA